GGUGGAGAUGCGCAGACGGAGAGGACGCGCUGUUGCGUCUGUUUGCGCACAGCGUGCAGCCUCUCCUCCUCCUUCUCCUCCUCCUCUCGCUCUCUCUCUCUGUCUCUCUCUCCCCCGCGUCUCCUUUCACGGAGGGUGCUUCAACUUUCCUCAGCGAAAACAUUCCAGUCGACUCUCUGUGCAAACGGCUUAUUAACGGAGAGGAUGGUGACGGCGGCGGCUUCCGGCGCGCGCAGCGGCGCACACGAUCGUGUGUUUCUCCAAAGUCUUAAAAAAUAGAAGAUGUCUCUCUCUCUCUCUUUCUCUCUCUCUCUGGGCAUCUCGGACAUCAUGCACGAGCGCAAAAAAGCCAGCAUUUGCAGCUUGCAAACAAUAUUUGGAUUAUCAAGAAGUGAAAGAUCUCAGGGUGCUGGAUGCUGAAUGCCUCUAACUCCUUCCAUAUCAUCAACGCACGCCUUUCUGCAGGACAUCCUGUCUGAUUACACCAGUCAGUCCUCUGUCUCCGAGAGCAGACAUCACCACAAAGCUUGUCCCAAUCAAUGAUUGACCUUCUUCAUUAUGGAGAACCUUAGCGAGCUCCAGAACCCUCUGCUGGACAAGAACACCAAGCACAUGGUGAACGGUUAUGGAGGCGACUUCCCUAAUAACAAGUACCAGGAAAAUAUUAUUAAUUAUUUUGCUGGAGGUGGAGGUGAAGGAGGGGGGAAGGUGAGUAAUGGCAGUGUGGUGAGUGGAGGUGGCUGCCAUGCCAACGGAAAGGUGAAAUGUCAGCAGUUUUUGGAUGCCACCUCACUGCAUCUGGCGGUCGAGGCCUUCUACAGGCCGAACUUCAUCCUGUACAAGGAGGACAGCGACAGCGUCAAGGCUAAGGACUGCAAAAGCGAGUGCUGUGAGACCACCUUCACCGAGAAGAAGGCGAAGGAGGCCUCCAGUGUGGCGGCAUCAGACACGCCUGGCACGGAGGAUCCCCAGGCAAAACUUCUGGAAGACGGAGAACACAUCAAGAUCCAAACUGUUUCCUACGAGGUGGAGGAGGAAGAGUAUGUGGAGUAUGAGACGGACUGCUCCAGCGACAGCGAGAGCGAGGAUAAUUUCGUCGUCGUCCCUCCACGAGACCACCUGGGCCUGGCCAUCUUCUCCAUGCUGUGCUGUUUCUGGCCUCUGGGAAUUGCAGCGUUUUACUUCUCGCAGGGGACCACCAAAGCAGUAAAUAAAGGUGACUUCCCACUGGCCAACAUCGCCUCACGGCGAGCUCUGUUCCUCGCCGCCCUCUCCAUCACUAUAGGCACCGGGGUGUACGUGGGGGUGGUAGUCGCUCUCAUCGCCUACCUUUCUAAACCGGGACACAUAUAGCAGCCGUGCCUUCCUUCCAUACCUCCAGGGAGCUCUGGGAAGAGAUCGGCCCCUCUGGGGACAUCGGUUCACAUGCAGAUUUCACGGAAAGUUUUUUUGUUGUUGUUGUUGUUGUUUUUGGGAAGAGAUGUACAGCGAUGCUCUCCGCAUUCUUUUCUUUCUUCAGCACCUUCUCUCCCUGCGGCCCUCCUGUCAGAUGAGAUUAGCCACAGCGACUGGAAAGAGGUCAAACUGAAAUGGGGCUGGGUUUUUUUGUUUGUUUGUUUUAGUGUCAGAAGUAUUCCACACCACCGUCGUGUUGACACGAUCCUCCAUCAACCUCCUGAUUUGAGACGAUCUGUCACCGCAAGUUAUUCAUGCAACUUGCAGUUCAUAUGUGUGAAAUGAACAUAAAAUCACCCAGUGGAUGAAAAGAUGACGUUUGAAGCUUUUUCCUUAAAAAAAACAAAAAAACAACAAGAAACAAAACUGUCUGAUCCUAGUUUCAUUCCAACAAAAAUCAUCUCCAACAAGUUCUGAAGAUGAUCGAGAACGGCAUGAAUUACAUGAACUUCUGCUCUGUCACAACACGGUGCUUUUGUCCAACAAUUUGAAAAGAAGAAGAAGAAAAAAAAAAACGUGUCUAUCCAUCAGAAUCAUAUCCUGGAAUAAGGAUCCGUCAUAUUUGUUUCACCAGCAUCACACGGUUUCUAUUUGUUUUUGUGCCCACGUUGUCCUGAGGCACCUUGUUAAGGAAUGCAGAUUGGAGACGUGUGUGCAAAAGGUCAGACAUUCU